AAGAAAAAAGAGAGUUUAUGAACUCUGAAGAAAGGAGUAGGCAACUCAGGAGGGCUAUAGAGCUGUUGUCAAGCUGUGCAGGCAAAAAAAUAGAAGGACCAAAGCCCAACUGGAGCUCAGUUUGGCUAGUGCAGUAAAAGACAAUUUUAAAAAUGCUUUUCUGAAUAGAACAACAGCAAAAGGAGUAUUAAGGAUAAUCUCCAUCCUUUAUUGAGUGUGAGAGGAAACGCAGUGAUGAAAGGUAAGGAUAAGGCUGAGGUACUUAAUGCCUUUUUUGCCUCAGUCUUUAGCAGUAAGACCAAUUGUUCUCAGGGUGCCCAGCCUUCUGCAUUGGAAGAUGAUGAAAGGGUAUUAGGUGAAGCACCUGGAGUCCAGCAGGAAACUGACCUCCUACAUCAUUUGAACAUUCAUAAGUCUGUGGGGCCAGAUGGGAUUCUGUUAGUGGUACUGAAGGAGCUGGCAAAACGCUCAUCAAGUCACUUUCUGCCAUUUACCAGCAGACCUGGCUAACUGAGGAGGCCCCAGUUGAUUGGAGGUUAGUGAACAUGUAUUACAGGACAGUGUUACCUCAGUAGUAGGGAAUGUCAUGGAGCAGAUCAUCCUGAAUGUCAUCACACCAUACAAUAGGGACAGUCAAGUGAUCUGAAGCAGCCAGUAUGGGUUUAUGAAUGGCAGGUUCUGCCUGACUAACCUGAUCUCCUUCUAUGACAAGGUAGCCCAUUUAGUAGGUGAGGGAAAGGCUGUGGAUGUUGUCUCCCUGCAUUUCAGUAAAGCAUUUGAUACCAUUUCCCACAGUAUUCUCCUGGAGAAACUGGCUGCUUGUGGCUUGGACAGGUAUACAGAUCACUGGGUAAAGAACUGGCUGGAUGGGUGGGCUCAGAGGGUCACUGUGAAUGGAGAUCAGUCCAGCUGUCAGACAGUCAGGAGGGGCAUUCCUCAAGGCUCAGUACUGGGGCUGGUUUAAUAUAUUUAUCAGUGAACUGGAUGAGAGGAUUGAGUGCACACCCUAACGAGUUCACAGAUUAUACCAAGUUAGGUGGGAUUGUUUGUCUGCUUGAGGGCAGGAAGGUUUUCAAGAGGGAUCUGGGUAGGCUGGAUAGAGGAACCACAUACAAUUGUAAGGCAUUCAACAAGGGUAAGUGCUGAGUGCUGCACCUGGGGCAGCCUUGGGGAAAGUUGCCUAGUAGAAAAGGACCUGAGGGUGCUGGUUGACAGCAGGCUCAACAUAAGCCAACAGUGUGCCCAGCUGGCCAAGAAAGCCAAUGGCAUCGUGGCUUGUAGCAGAAAUAGUGUGGCUAGCAGAAGCAGGGAGGUGAUCAUCCCCCUGUACUCAGUCCUAGUGAGACCACAUCUCGAAUGUUAUGUUCAGCUUUGGGCCCCCUCUUACAAGAAGGGUAUUGAGUUACUCGAGUUUGUGCAGAGAAAAGCAAUGAAGCUGGUGAAGGGACUAGAAAUUAAAACACAUGAGGAGCAAGUGAGGGAACUGGAAUUGUUUAGUCCGGAGAAGAGGAGGUUGUGGGAAGACCUCAUCUCUCUCUACAACUGCCUGAAAGGAGACUGCUGUGAGGUGGGUGUCAUUCUUUUUUCUCUGGUGAAAAGUGAUAGGAUGUGAGGAAAUGGGCUCAAGUUGUACCAGGAGAGUUUAGAUUGCAUACUGGGAAGGAUUUCUUCACAGAGAGGGUGGUCAAGCACUGGAUCGGGCUGCCCCAGGCAGUGGUGGAAUCCCCAUCACUGGAGGGAUUUAAGAGGCAUGUGGCUGUAGCACCUAAGGACAUGGUCAGCUUGGUGGUUGGAUUUGGUGAUCUUGAAGAUCUUUUCUAACCUAGAUGAUUCAGUGAUUCUACAUAUUGCACAUUAUCUUCUAUUCUUGCUACAUAAGAUCUGCAAUUUUUUCAGGUGAAAUUUUCUCAGUUGCCACCAUAUCUGUCAGGUAUUAGUACUUCCUUUGCCACCUCCCUUCUUUUUAGGUCCCAUGCUUUCCAGAAGUAUUUCCACAAUCAGCUGAAGUUCCUCAUUGUCACACCAGCAAACAAGCUGAGGGUGCUGUAACACCAGCCUUGAAGUACCUUGCAAGCCUGUGGUCAGUUGAGUGAUUUUUCUUUCAUAAUGUCAUUGAAAAGUAUUGAACUUACUAUAGGUGCUCUGCAAAACAUUAAGAAAUCUGCCUUGGCUGGUCUUUGAACAGUUUGCAAAAUUUCAUUCUUUAUGAAAUUUUUAGACUUCUACUCAUUAAUUUCUGUUAUGAAAGCUUCUGAAACUGUACAGAUUUACGCUGCUGUGUGCAUUGUAUUGCAGCCAUUCUGCUAAGGAGGUCAGACAGAGUAGCUCAAUAAAUUUAAGUUUGUGGCUUAUUAGACCAUUGUUAUUUUAAAAAGUGCAGAAUUGCACCUCCACUAGAAAACACUGAUGUACUGAUAUUGCUUGACAAUCCUCUGAUAGCUAUGUACUAAAUAUAAUCUGCAAAGGUGAAAAAGAGGUUUUUACUCUUUGCUUAUAGGUCUCCCUGAAAGAGUAUUAUGGGGAGAAUACUCGUGUGAUUUGAGUUCAGAGGUUUUUCACGCUUGAAUAUUCAGGAAAGAACAGAAGACUGUUUCUGCUUUUCUUUUGCAUUGGGCUGAAAUUGUCAGGAAAAGCUCUGCUGGCCCCUGGAUCUGCACUCGCACCCCAACGUGUGAGCUGGUUCCCUGGGCUGAGGGAAGCAGUUGCCCCCCAGCCCUGGCCAGAGAGCUCGGGUCACCGCGAGCUCCGAGCCAGAGCUUCUGGAAGGUGGAUGUUUUUGGGGCCCUUAGGGGCUGGAGAGCUGCAAAGAUCGUGACAGUAUGUUCCCUGUGCAAAUGAAGCCAGAUGGGAGGAGUGCAUCUCAUGCAGAUCAUGAGCUGUUUUCACUUGAGCUGUCUGGAUGUGAAUAAAAAACAAACCCGGGGAAACCUUUGUUGGUGAGGGGAGAAGCAGCACGUUAGUGAAGACAGACAACCCAUGUGCUGUCAGCAGAGGGAGGAGAGGGUACGUACUGAGAACUCCAGGAAAGAAAAACAAGAACUGGCUUUGGCAUGCUGUUUCUAAAAAUGAAAGAGGAGGAGGAGGAAAAAGUGAGCAACAUGCCAGCCUUCAACAGCAGCUUACAAACAAGGGCUUGACCUGCAGUGCACUGGGGGAAGGGUGGGGAUCCGAGGUCUAGCAGCAGCUCUGCAGGGAGUGAAUCACAACCUGAGCAUGAGUCAACAGGACCUGGCUGUUGUGAAAAUGUUAAAUGUCAAUAUGAGGAUGUUUACACAGAGCCGUAACUUCUAAAAUGCAUGAAGCGAUCCUUCAGCUCCACUCAGCCCUACUCAGGCCUCAGUGAGAGUGCUGUGUCAAAUGUUGAGCAAUUUUUUUUUUUUUCCCUCUUCUAGGAAAAUGUGAAGUGGCUGGAGGGAAGCCAAGCAGAGAGAAUCAACAACUACUGGAAAAGCCUGUGCUCACAGGUCACAUUUUAGAUCAUGUAGUGCUGAGUGUAAACAACAGAUGACCUGAGGGGACAGAGAAUUUUGGUUUUCUGUAAGAGGCAUAUUUUGAGAAGGGAAGCAUCCACAUAAAUAGGACAAAUAUAAUAGGCUUAGCUGCAGCAGAAACUGGGGUUAGAUAUUCGGAUAAACCUUCUUGCCUUAGGGAUGGUCACAGGCAGGAGGAGAUGGUCUGAGGAAGCUGCCAUAAAGCUCUGUUGUGAGGGAUUUUUUUAGAACAUUUCAGAUAAACAGGGGCUGACUGCAUACCAAACUGAUGGUGUUGGGCAAACCGGUCAGCAUUUAUUAAAGCCAGAAAUAUUCUCUAUUCCACCAAAAUAAGCUUUUCAUGUAGCGUGUGCUGAACUCCAGUGAAAUCCUGUGAAGUAAGCCCUGUUGCAUUACAGUGACAUUGAUUUCAGAACUUUGUUCUGUGACAAAUCCAAAUACGGGAUUUUCUGGGUUUUGGGUCUAUCUUAGGCAGCCAAAUGAAUGCAGCCCCUCUAAUACUCCCUGUGCAUUAGGCGAAGUAAAUCCUCUCUAGGCAAUUAUCUGAAGACACCUAUUGAGUUCAAGGGAAAACAGCAGCUCAGGUGCUGGAAUGCAGAAACCAUUGUCAUGUUUAUGCAAAACUUCCUUCCUAGGCCACAAAAACUGCUUGUUCCUGUCUGCGCAGUGCUGCAGCUGUUGACGCAGUGUAUCAGCUGUCAGAUGAGGAGCCGCACAGAUGAAAGACGCACGUCUCCAGCUCCUGUCCUUGGGCUCCCAGGGAUCCUUGGGAGCAGGAAGAACUAGAAAGUAAGUGAACAUCUGCCCCAAACCCAGCAUCAAGUCCCCUUGUCAAGAGCAUUUCCCUUCCCUUCAGUGCAAUUUGCCACGAGGUUGCACUACGGCGGGGAGAGGCCCUGCUUUGCUGUCACUGUCCCAUGUCAGGACGUGCAGCCACACAGAAAAAAAAAACCAGACAAAUCCCAACCAGAAACUUGGAGGAGGAAGAAAGGCUGCUUACAUUUUAAUAAUGUCCAGGGUGUUAUGUGAACAAGUUCCCAAUGUUCUCUGGGAAGAACAGAGGGGGCUGUUAGGUUAAUGUAAAUGGUUCAAAAUAGAGUCAAGCAACAGAGAGGAAAGACAUGCUUCCUUGUCUGGGGGGGGUCAGCAGCCUCUUUUGCAAGCUUCUGCUUGCAAAAUGCUCCUCUGCUCCCCAGGCAUGACAUGCUCUUUUUUUGUGGGCCGUAUUUUCCAUUUUACUGUUUCCUCUCUGCUCAUCUUUUGACUGUCCUUCUCUUUUUUUCUAACUGACAUGCUCCCGUUUCACCCUGCCGUCUUGGUCAUGCUGGGAUGUGAAACAAGUUGCUUAAUUGCAGCGCAGUACCCAGCAGGCAACAUCCGAUCCCUCCGAAGAGGUUGCUCAUAUUUGCCUUCCUCAUUUACACUCUCAGCAGAGAGGACAAGAAGGGACACAGCGUUCCUCACUCUGCUGACAAAUGGCGCGUGGAAGUCGUUAGGGUGGGAUGCUGAGGGAAGCCCGCAUCACUGUGUGCGUGAUGGAUCUGUCUGCUGAGGUCCCGAGAUUGUCAGCUCACUUUCACUGGCCCUGAAUUCACAGGUGCAGGUGAAUGCUCCUCCACAAGCAUACAGCCAAAGGCUUUUGAAGAAUUAGCUAAUAUUUUAGGGAGGGGGUUCAGUGUUAGAGAUGUUAAAUGUACCCUCUUUUCCAAAACUAGUGAGCCCAUAGCUUCAGAAAACAGGCACUGUCAACCCAGUUUGGGGGGCACAGAGUGCACAGCCAGGCACUUCAUCUGCCUGCUUUCCGGUGCUCCAGUAUGGAUUUGUUAUCCUUGGGAUAAUUGCUAGAACUAAACAGCUGCCAGUUGCUAAGCUGUCAGGUUCAUGUCUUUUUUUUUUUUUAAAUACCUAAUUAGGCUAGAUUUAUUUUUAAUGCGCCUUAUUACCAUCAGCAUCUGACUUCCAUCUAUCCACUGCUGUGUACAGGCUGCUGUUGCCAAAGCAAGUGUCUUCCAGCAGCUACCUCAGCCCCCCGCCACUGUCCCUCCCUGCGGGAGAUGGCACUUGCUGCUGCCGUCCCUCCUAUUAAUUCCACAACAGCCCGUGCUGUUUGCCUGCCUCAUUUGGUGCUCUAGAGCUAAUGACUGCACAACCAGUUGUUCUUUCUUUUGUAACCAUUACCAUAGCUGUCUGUUGUUGAUAACUCAGGGUUAAUUACUUACUAUAAAGCUUUGCAGAACAAUUUAGCUUAGCUGAGCCUGUUCAUUGACGAAGACUAUAAAUGUCUGCAGUCUGUCUCUGAUAUAGAUGUUACUGAAGAUUGGUAUAAUUGGCUUUCACUGGAGUGCUGCAGCAAACAGGAUGGUUAGCCUAGUGCCACAGUCAGAUGCCCAGUGUGUUUUGUACAACCACUGCACCAGGUUUGCUUAUGUAUGCAUUCACAUUGCAGAGUAUGUGUAGCUCCAGUACAGCUCCAGGAGCACUGAAGCCAGGCACUAACAGGACAUUGUGGCAGCUGUAAAAAGUCCAGCAUUUUAAUUGAGCUUAUAGUCCCGCACUGACCAGUCACACAUGCAUCUUAUUGGAGAUAGACAUAGCUACUAAAAGAUUUAGGUGAUAAAGGCUGAAGGAGCUGGCUUGUUCAGCCUGGAGAAGAGAAGGCUCUGGAGACUUCACUGCGGCCUUCCAGUACUUGAAGGGAGCUUAUGAGCAGGAGGGGUGACUGACUUUUUAUGUGGUGUGAUAGUGAUAGGGCAAGGGGGAAUGGCUUUAAACUAAUAGAGGGGAAGUUUAGAUUAGAUGUUAGGAAGAAAUUCUUUACUCGGAGGGUGGUGAGGCCCUGGCACAGCUGCCCAGAAAAGUUGUGGUGCCCCAUCCCUGGAGGUGCCCAGGUCAGAUUGGAUGGGGCCCUGGGCAGCCUGGUCUGGUGGGGGGCAGCCCUGCCCACUGGUGGGGGUUGAGGCUGGAUGAUAUGUAAGAUCCCUUCCAACCUGAGCCAUUCUGUGAUUCUAUGAUAAUGUUCUCUCUGUUUUAUGGAAAAUGUGGGGAAAGAAUUGCCUAAAGCCACCUCUCUGAUGCUGCCUCUCCAGUUAGCUGAACUGAGGCUAUGCUGUAUUCAUGUAAGCCUUCACAUCGCGGUGCUGUGCAACAGGUCAUCAAUAGUCUUCAGCAGCUCCAGGCGCUGACAGCUGCUCACUGGGAAAGGACAGCUUCAUUACACCACGCAGGACCCUGAGGCUUCAGUGAUUUCAAUGAAAACAAAGCCACUACCCUCUGAGGCACCUUUUAAAUUCAGCAAAGCGUCGUCUUCAUCUUCAGAUGUCAAAGUAUCCUAAAUAUAAAGAUAUACAAAGUAUAUCUUUGUAUGAAGUUUUGAGUGAGAAAGUGAUUAAUUGUUCUCUGACCUUCAGUUUCUUCAUUUAGACUGUGUCACCAAACCAUAUUUUAUGUCACUAGGAGAUAGCAGAUGUAAAUCAAAGAUCUGCCUGCUCUAGAAUAGCUAACAAGGGAGGAAAUGACAUCCAUCCGUUAACACGGACAGAUUUUCUUGAGAAGAUUUUCUGCCUUCCAAACCUGGUUUUAAAAUGUGAUUUCAUACUCGCAGGUCUCGUCUUGGUUUCCAGCAGGAGGGGCACUGCCAAAGUUUGCAGUUCUGGCAAGAACAACAACCUGACACUGUUUCAUCGUAUAAUUGCUUUUUCUUCUCGCAAUAUGAUUUUAAACUAAAAACUAGUUUAAAAAUAUAUAUAUAUAUAUAAAUGUAGAUUUUAAAUAUCUUAGGCAGGAAAGGUCAGGGCCAUCCUUUCCCAAGAAAUGAAAUGUUUCUGCCACAGUUUAUGGCAGAAUGGGCCUCCCCAUGCAUCACUGCUUCAUAAUUUCUUUUCCUUGUUUUCUUGUGUUAGAUUUUUUAAUCAGCAUUGUACUAUCAGCUCAUUGUAUACACAUAUUCCUUGGUUGUAUGAGGCAGGAGCAUUUUCAACACUGGUUCCAAAGGGAGUGCCACUGAAAACUAAGUGAAUCAAACAAAUUUUAAAAAUAAUUUCAAAAGUCAAGUUUAGGAUUAGCCAUGUUGUCAUGUUGGCCCUGCACGUUCAUUUUUCCACUCCGAUUAACUGUGCCCUUGAGAAUUAGUGAAUCUACAGUAAGGCAGGCAAAUUUCAUGUUCAAAGUUAGGAACCUGGGAGAAAAAAUCAGCACAGAAACCCACAACGUAUCAGCCUCUGAUUGUGUUGAAAUCUCAAUGUGAGAUGUGUUUUUAAGUGCUUUGCUGGAAAGAAGCAGCCUCAGCCAUGUAAGUACAUAUUUAAACACAGUAGAAAAGAAUUGUUUACUGAAUGAGAAAGGCAUGCACCCCAGGGCGCUGCUCAGAGAGUUGUGUGUAAUAACACAAACUGAAAAACAAAGUUUGAAAAGACCUUUGGUAUUUGACUGGUAUUUUUCUGUUUUGCAGAGUGAAGAGAGUGGUUUGUACUUUAAAAGGAGAAUGAGCUAAGGCUUUAGUUGGAGAAAGAAAUGAAGAACAAGUCUGUGGAGAACAGUGAGUAUAUGCUGAAAAUGUAUGGGGGAACUGCUGCCAAGCAGAGUGACAGAUUUUAAAUUCCAAAUGUGGAUGUAGAUAGAGAUGCCAAACACAACUGUGAUUCCAAGAAGAAAGUUGGAAAGAAAAAGCACAAAUCUGUGGUAACUGGGAAAUACUCUACUUGAGAAUUCUCCAUCAGUGUGAUCAUGGAGAAUUGUGGGCUGUAAUUCUGUGCACAUCCGUACUGGGCCUUGACCCAUGCAGCUCCAUCAGUGCAGAGAACCCAAACCAGGAAAGUUUUGAUCAUCUUUUUCAGGUUCAAAAGGAAUGGGUGAGGUGUGAAGUGACAGUGUGGUGACAAACAGGCCCUUCCUGCUCCCCAUUCUCUCCAUCCUUCCACCUGCUGCCUCUGCUCACUCAGCCUGGCCUUGAAGCAGCCUCACAUGGCGUGACAGCACUGCAGGCAAGCCAGCUGGAAAUCCAACAGUACCGCAAGCAUGAAACACAAAAUUGUCUCAAAUAUACAGUAAAGGAAAGGAAAAAAACAGCAACCUUUGUGGUUACUUAAAACAGCAAGCCAUUUUGUGAUUUCUGAGGUGAUGGUUGCUUUACAAGCAGUGAGUCAUAGCCUCCUCAGCCUCUCUCAUUUCCCUAGGCAGCACUUUCCACGGCAGGAACAGGUGUAGAUAAGAGCAGUAUUUUGGGGCUUUGGCCGAUAGCACAAAAUAAGCAGAAACUGCUGUCACAUCAAAGCAGAUGAUAGGAAAAAUCCAAGAAGAGGUCAUACAAAUGUGAAAAACACUUCCUCUCAGACAGACUGGACUCUCAGGUGUGGAUGAAGUCAGAAGUGAUGGCACAUCUACUGAGCUACCUCCCACUCUAAGCUCUUUCUCCAUAUACUCCUGGAAAACAACCUGUUGUCAGCAUGAAAGCAGCUUGCUUAGGAUGGGCCCUGUGUGUGAAGGAAUGAGGGGAAGCAGGUCUACAACAGGGACCCCAGAAAAGGACGUCACCUGCUGCGGGACAGCAGGCUGAGUGGUGGCUGGUCAAUCUGCAGGGAGGGCUGUGGUGCCACCGUGGCAGGUCCUGCCAUUGGUACUUGGCACUGGUGUAGCCUCACUUCAAGUGCUGUGUUGUCUUGGGCCCCACAGUAUAAGAAAGACAUGGAGGCCAUGGAGUGUAUCCAGAGAAGGGCAAUGAAGCUAGUGAGAGGUCUGGAGCACAAGUUUUAUGGGGAGUGGCUGAAGGAACUGGGAUUGUUCAGUCUGGAGAAGAGGAGGCUCAGGGGAGACCUUAUUGCUCUCUACAACUGCCUGAAAGGAGGUUGUGGUGAGGUGAUGGUUGCCUUUUCCCCCAGGUAACAGCGAUAGGACAAGAGGCUGAUGGUUUAAUGGCCAAAGUUGCACCAGCAGAGCUUCAGGUUGGACAUUAGAAAACAUUUCUUCUCAGAAAGAGUGGUGAGGCACUGGCACAGGCUGCCCAGGGAGGUGUUCAAGAACCGUGGAGAUGUGGCACUGAGGGACAUGGGUUAGUGGGCGUGGUGAGGGUGGGCUGACAGUUGGACUAGAUGAUCUUGGUCUUUUCCAACUUAAAUGAUUCUAUAAUUCUGUUCUAUGAUUCUACGAGCUGCACGUCCACCGGGGCUGUCACCCAGCCAGGGAACAGUUGCAAAAGCAUUGUUUCCCUUGCCACACGCGAUGUUUGCCAGAUGAAGUAACAUGCUGGAAGGUCAUGUGCAAAUGUACGUGUGCCAGGUUUUAUUCCUGAACACACAGGAGCCCAUCCUUCUUCUUGAAUCUGAGUAGAUCACUUGCUCUUGGUUCUUAGUAGAAAUGUGAGCUAGUAUCAAGACAUCAGAUAAUUAUUCUGAUGCUUGCAGACGUCGUUCCAUGUGAAACAAACGUUUUGGACCUUUUCUCUAGGAUAUGAUGCACUUUGCUAAUAAAGCGCUUUGGACAUCCUGGAAAGAAUAACAUUCCUGGAACUGCAAAAAGUGAUUUGCUGUGCUUUUUCUUUUGCUCACCUGUCAUUUUCACAUUCGGAGACGUGGUCAGAACGAAGCAACGAGGGAUCCCCAUUGAAUAUGCUGCUGUUAAAUGACAGAUGUCUUGAAUGCAAGAGGAGGCACAAGGCUGUCUUGGAGGUGCUGACUUUUGAAUCCCAGUUGCACACAGAAACUUGGCAUAUUGUCAGCAUGUUCAAUUUUCAAUUUCACGGGACAUUUCUUUUGGUGUUACCAGUGGAUUUUGUUUUACCUUCAUGUCUCCUUUUUGUUAACACUGCAGGAAUUACUUCUUGGGUCUCUCUCUCUCUUUAGCAGCUGUCUUACCUGAUACCACUGUGUGAUUCCUGGGGCAUUUCUGUGAGCAGGGACCUGAGCUUGUACAGAUUCAUGAUGUUACAUCAACAGCUAAUAAUUGUCUUUGGAAUAUCGCUAGCUGGAGAUAUACGUGCAUCUAGAAGCUGUUAUUCAGAAGCCCAAGUCUCCAUGUAUAGUUCCUGCAACCUCACAGGUGUUCCACUUGUGCCAAAGGACACUGCAAAGCUUUUUCUAACUUACAACUAUAUCAGACAAGUGACUGCAACUUCAUUUCCACUGCUGGAGGAUUUGUUCUUGUUGGAAAUUGGAACACAACAUGUCUUUCCUCUUUAUAUAGGAAAAGAAGCUUUCAGGAACCUGCCAAACCUUCGUGUCUUGGAUCUGGGAUUCAAUAACAUUCUUCUGCUGGAUCUCGAUUCUUUUGUGGGUUUGCAACGUUUGACCAUCCUCCAGCUGUUUCGUAACAACCUUGGGGAUUCCAUCCUGGAGGAGCGUUACUUUCAAGAUUUGAGCUCAUUAGAAGAAUUGAAUCUUUCAGGAAACCAAAUCACAAAACUUCAUCCACACCCCUUAUUUUAUAAUCUAACCAUCUUGAAAGCUGUGGACCUGAAAUUCAACAAGAUAUCCAACCUGUGUGAAAGCAAUCUUACCAGCUUCCAAGGAAAACACUUUUCAUUUUUUAACCUCAGUUCUAACACUUUGUAUAACACAGAUAAAGUGGUCUGGGCCAAAUGCCCAAAUCCUUUCAGAAAUAUUACCUUUAAUUCACUGGACGUUAGCGAGAAUGGCUGGAACACGGAGACAGUCCAGUAUUUCUGUACAGCCAUUAAGGGUACUCAAAUCAAUUAUUUAACAUUUCGCUCUCAUACAAUGGGCUCAGGAUUUGGCUUUAAUAACUUAAAAAAUCCAGAUCAGGAUACAUUUACAGGACUAGCAAGAAGUGGUCUUCAGUUGCUUGAUAUUUCCAGAGGUUACAUUUUCUCUCUCAAUUCUUUAAUCUUUAAAGGCCUUGGUAAUCUGGAAUUUCUGAACCUUUUCAAAAACAAGGUAAAUCAAAUCCAAAAGCAAGCAUUUUUUGGCUUGGAAAAUCUAAAAGUUCUCAAUCUCUCAAGUAACCUUUUAGGUGAGUUGUACGAUUAUACUUUUGAGGGCCUACACAAUGUAAUGCAUAUUGAUUUACAGCAAAAUCAUAUUGGGAUGAUUGGUGAAAAAUCUUUCAGUAAUUUACUAAGUCUGAAAAUAAUUGAUCUCCGAGACAAUGCCAUUAAAAAACUCCCUUCCUUUCCACAUCUGACUUCUGCCUUUUUAGGUGACAAUAAGCUGAUGUCUGUAGCUCACACAACAAUAGCUGCAACACAUAUUGAAUUAGAGAGAAAUUGGCUAGCAAAUCUGGGUGAUCUGUAUGUUCUUUUCCAAGUUCUGGAUGUGCAGUAUCUCUUCUUAAAACAGAAUCGCUUCUCUUACUGUGUGAAAAGUGUUAAUGCUAUAGAAAAUAACCAGUUAAUUUAUAUGGAUCUAGGAGAAAACAUGUUACAGCUUGUGUGGGAGAGAGGUUUGUGUUUGGACGUGUUCAGGACCCUGUCCAAACUUCAGGUUCUACACCUGAACAACAACUACCUUAGUGCUCUUCCACAGGAGAUUUUUAGUGGUCUAACAUCUCUAAAAAGACUUAAUCUAGCUUCCAACCUAUUGUCUCACCUCUCCCUCGGGGUUUUUCCACAAGGCCUAAUAAACCUAAACUUGUCUGGAAACCAGCUUUUUUCCCCUGAGCCUGAAGUCUUUAUGACUUUGAGUAUUCUGGAUAUAACACAUAACAAUUAUGUCUGUGACUGUGCUUUAAAAAGCCUGCUAGUCUGGCUAAAUGAAACCAAUGUAACCCUAGUUGGCUCAGAGUCUGACAGGUACUGUGUAUACCCACCUGCAUUAGCAGGUGUACCACUAUCACUUCUGGCAUAUGAUGAUUGCAGUGAAGAUGAACUCCAGCAGACACUCCGGUUCUCAGUAUUCAUUGUCACGUCUGUCACCCUUCUGAUGUUUCUGAUGUCAGCCAUCAUUUGUACUCGCUGUCGGGGGAUUUGUUUUGUCUGGUAUAAGACCAUCGCCAAAACUUUGGUAGGAAGCCAUCCAUCAGCAGUAGAUACAAGUGAAUACGUGUAUGAUGCGUAUUUGUGCUACAGCAAAAAUGACUUUGAAUGGGUCCAGAAUUCUUUGCUGAAGCACCUGGAUUCACAAUAUUUUGAUAAAAACAGAUUUACUUUGUGCUUCGAGGAACGAGAUUUCUUGCCUGGGGAAGAACAUAUCAACAAUAUUCGUGAUGCUAUUUGGAAGAGCAGGAAAACAAUUUGUGUUGUGACCAGGCAGUUUCUCAAAGAUGGGUGGUGUGUAGAAGCCUUUAAUUUUGCCCAGAGCAGGUACUUCAGUGAUUUGAAAGAGGUUCUCAUUAUGGUAGUAGUUGGGUCACUCUCUCAAUAUCAACUGAUGAAACACAAACCAAUUCGAAUCUUUUUACAAAGGAGUCGGUAUCUGCGUUGGCCUGAAGAUUAUCAAGAUAUAGACUGGUUUCUAGAUAACCUUUCUUGCCAAAUUCUGAAGGAAAAAAAAGUGCAAAGGAAUGUCAGUGGUGUAGAGCUGCAGACUAUAGCGACAGUCUCACACUGACACGGGAUGGGUCACUGGCUUUCUCAGUACUUUCUAUUUUAGCUGUGCCAUGGCAGGACGAAACAGACUUGCUUCAUCCUUCCCUGAAAAAGCAGGUAGAGAGAUAACAGUUCCAUUUUAAAUCCUACUAAACUUGGAAACAACUUGAAAGCAACCAGCAAGUAUAAGAAAGUGCAAUUAUUUUAUGGGCAAUGGCACUCAUUUUCAGAAGAAUUAAAUGAAUCACAAAUGCCUCGCAUUUUGGCUGCUCAGCUUCAAAAAACUUACAUUGAUUUUCAGAGUGCUACAUACUUACAGGUCUCUGUUUCAGUGAUAGGAGGAUGCCCUUUUUUAUUUUUUUUUAUUCUUUUCAAAAAGAGUCCACUGUACUGUAUGGGAGUGCCUUACACCUUUAUGCUUUAAAAUGGUGCUAUAUAGAUUUCAUUUAUUUGUUUUCUACUCAGCUAGGCUCUGUACAUACAACCUUUGAACUUCAUUCAUUCCUUUCCGUUCUUCAGCUACUCUGCUUGGUGGUGAAGCUACAGUCAUUGGGCUAAUUCAUUUGCUGCUGUUUCAGUGCUGUUAGUUGAGCUGCCUCCCACCCUGCAGAGAGAAAUGGGUAUCCCCCUCACAUCUGAAGCAAGCCUGAAAACCAAACAAGAAACUGCCUCCAUGGCCGUGAGUGGCUGCCAGGCAGCCUUCACAUUCUGUGGGUGGAAUAUAUGGAUAACUUGUGUGUCUUGUGGGUUGUUCUUGGUAUGUCCUGUGUCCUGAUCAAUUAAGAUUUUUUUUCUGAUGCUAUUGAAAUAGUUUUCUAGAGUUAUAAAUGUCUGGUAUGCUCUUUCUUCUAUCAUUGUUUUACAGUUCUUUCUUUUCUUAGGUAUGCGUCUUCAGGGGGACGCUCAGGGUCACUGUAAUAAAAGUCUGAUCCAUCA